AUGCGAUCAAAAGAUAAGGCGGCAUUGUACAUGUUAUUCCGAGCUGUUGACGAGUCAGGCUUUGAGAAGAUUGCAAGUACGACAACUUCAAAAGAAGCGUGGGACAUUUUAGCAAAGUUGUACAAAGGAGCCGACCGAGUUAAACAAGUCCACCUUCAAACUCUUUGUGGAGAGCUGGAAGGCAUGAAGAUGAAGGAAUCAGAAGGUGUCUCCGACUACAUCACGCGUGUUCAAACCAUGGUGAACCAACUCAACCGAAACGGAGAAGCGUUAACCGAUGCACGAGUUGUGGAGAAGAUUUUGAGAUCAUUAACUGAUAGUUUCGAGAAUGUCGUAUGUGCCAUAGAAGAGUCAAAGGAUCUAGCAACGCUCACAGUCAAUGAAUUCACCGGUUCUCUUGAGGCACAUGAACAACGUAAGAAGAAGAAGAAAGAGGAGACACUCGAGCAAGCACUUCAAACCAAGGCAUCAAUCAAAGACGAAAAAGUUCUCUAUUCUCAAUGUAUUCGAGGUAGAGGUCGUGGUCGUGGUCAUGGAGAUCGAGGAAAUGGUCGUGGUGGAAAAGGUCGAGGUCAAGAAGGGAAUUAUGAGGAAAAGGAGCAUUCAAACCAACAAAAUUGGCGUGGAAGAAGACGUGGUCGUGGAAGAGGCGGAUGGUCGAAUUAUUCCAAUGUCGAGUGCUACAAGUGUGGCAAAUAUGGUCACUAUGCGAAGGAUUGUAACUCUGAUAAGUGUUACAAUUGUGGUAAGGCGGGACAUUUCGCGAAAGAAUGUCGCGUCUCAAAAAAGGUGGAAGAGACAACCAACCUAACCACGGAAAAUGAGGAGGCAAAAGAAGGUUUUCUCUUGAUGGCACACAACGAAGUCAACACCAACAACAACAUGGUAUGGUACCUUGACACGGGUGAAAGCAACCAUAUGUGCGGGCUCAAGCACCUAUUCAAAGAAAUGCAAAAGGUUGAAACGGGAUAUGUGACAUUUGGAGAUGCGUCGAAGGUUGAGGUAAAAGGCCAAGAUAAGGAAGGGCGUUUGGUCGCUCUAGUUGAAAUGGAGAGAAAUCACAUGUACAAGUUGAAUUUGAAAAGCGUUCGAGGAAAAUGUUUGCGAGUCGAUGUUGAAGACAAGGCGUCGCUGUGGCAUCUCCGUUUUGGCCAUCUACAUUAUGGUGGUCUAAACAAUUUGGUGAAGAAGAACAUGGUGCAUGGGCUACCAGACAUGGACUAUGAGGGAAAAUUUUGUGAAGCAUGUGUGCUUGGCAAGCAUGUGUUCAAGAAGUUCAAAGUGAUGGUGGAAAAAGCAACUGGUAGACACGUCAAAUCUAUACGAUCUGAUAGAGGUGGUGAGUAUACUUUGACGGCUUUCAUGGAGUAUUGUGAGGAGCAAGGCAUAAGACGAUUCCUAACCGCACCGUACUUACCCCAACAAAAUGGUGUGGCCGAGAUGAAGAACCAGACUGUUCUCGACAUGGUUCGAUCAAUGCUCAAGAGUAAGAAGAUGCCGAAAGAAUUUUGGGCGGAAGUUGUGCAAUGUGCCAUCUAUGUGCAAAAUCGAUGUCCACAUGCGAAGUUGGAUGAUCAAACACCACAAGAGGCUUGGAGCGGACAGAAACCAUCAGUUUCUCAUCUCAAAGUAUUCGGUAGUGAGGCCUAUGCACAUUUGUCAGAUCAGCGAAGAACAAAGCUCGAAGACAAAAGCAAAAGGUUUAUUUUUAUUGGGUAUGAUGAGAAAACAAAAGGAUACAAGCUACUCGACCCGAUAAGUAAGAAGGUUGUUGUAAAUUAUGAUGUACGAUUUAAUGAAGUAAACGAGUAA